CAUGGUCAAAUCAUUGUAUACAUGAUUAUUAUUGGUGAUGUGCUUUCUGGAACAUCAUCAAGCGGGGUGCACCAUUCUGGUGUCCUUGAAGGGUGGUUCGGAGAACACUGGUGGAACGGGCGAACCUUUGUCCUUCUCGUCACUACACUCGGCAUCUUCUCUCCGCUGGCAUGCUUCAAGCGGAUCGAUUCCUUAAGAUUUACAUCGGCCUUAUCAGUUGCUCUAGCUGUUGUGUUUCUUGUAAUUGCGGUCGGAAUAGCGAUUAUCAAGCUGAUUAGUGGAACUAUAAUGAUGCCUAGAUUGCUUCCCGAUGUCACCGAUUUGACUUCAUUCUGGAAACUCUUCACUGUUGUCCCUGUUCUAGUCACUGCAUACAUCUGCCACUACAACGUUCACAGCAUAGAAAACGAACUCGAAGAUUCUACGCAGAUAAGACCGGUUGUGCGAUCAGCACUGGGUUUAUGCUCAUCCAUUUACAUAAUGAUAAGUGUUUUCGGGUUCCUUCUAUUCGGUAACGGAACAUUGGAUGAUGUGCUUGCCAACUUUGAUACUGACCUUGGCAUCCCUUAUAGCUCUCUGCUUAAUGAUACUGUCCGUUUUAGCUACGUUGCUCACCUAAUGCUCGUUUUUCCCGUCGUCUUCUAUCCGCUGCGACUCAACAUGGACGGCCUUCUCUUCCCUUCUGCAAGGCCUCUAGUUCUGUCUAAUACGAGGUUUGCCUGUAUUACGGCCGGACUCAUCGUGGUUAUCUUCUCGGGUGCUAAUUUCAUACCAAGCAUCUGGGAUGCUUUCCAGUUCACUGGAGCAACUGCUGCAGUUUGUCUCGGGUUCAUUUUUCCUGCUGCGGUCACUCUUAGGGAUCACCACUUCAUAGCAACAAAGAAAGACAAGAUCUUAGCUCUUUUCAUGAUCGUCCUCGCCGUAUUCUCGAACGCGAUAGCCAUAUACAGCGACGCCUAUGCCCUUUUUAAGAAGAAUUCAGGACAUAGGGCAUGAUCUAUGUUGCAGUUCCUCUGAUUGCAGGAAGUAAGGUUUUUUAGGCCUCGACGUCCUUGAAGACACUCGGUUUUUGCAGAAUCAUUCUGUCUGAUUCGAAAAUCCGGGUUUUCGAAGGAGGUUCGAUUAAGCUAUCUAAUAAGAUGAACUUUCCUUCCAAUGUAUAAAAGUUAGAUUGUAGGGAAGUGUAUGAAGUUCAUACAUCAUGCCCCCAUGGACGCUUAAUUCUUGAUUUUGAACAUUGUUAAAUCAAGUUGUAAAAUAGCAAAUACAGUGUAUUCAGAUUGUAAUAGACUA